UCAAAAUAAUAUAUUAUUAAUCUAAUAAAUACAAAUACUAUUAUUAGUAUACUGUUAACAAUAUACAGAAGAAGAAGAAGAAGGAAGAGGAGUGUAAAGGGGUGCUGACUGAGAAAAGAGGAAGCGGCAGCGGUAACGGCAACGGCGAGUGACGAUAGAGGCAGCGGCGAGCAGCGGCAACGGGAGCGGCGAGCAACGGGAGCGGUGAGCGGUGAGCAACGACAACGACAGCGGUAGCGAGCAGCGACAGCGGCGAGCAGCGGGAGCGGGAGCGGCAACGAACAAGGUUAGGGUUGGGCAGCGGGAGCGGCAACGAACAAGGUUAGGGUUGGGCAGCGACAGCUAAUAUCGGUAGUUCGGUCGCCUGGUUUAACCCAGGCGCUCGCCCGAAGCGCUCAGCGCCUGGGCUCGAGCGAGCGCCCAGGCGGCGCCUCUUUGAAGCGCGUCGCCUAGAAGUGAAGCGAGGCUCUCAAGUGAGGCGAGGCACCGCCUGGAAGUGAAGCGAGGCGCUCGAGCCUCGCCUCACCUCGCCCGAGUGCCUAAGCGAGCGCCCAAACGCCUAUUGAAAUCACUGCCAAGAACUCACCUAAGAACCUUUCUUUAGGUCUUAUAGAUCAUUUACUUAUGCCUAAUAGGACUACAAUGUGUUCUCUAGUGAUAAACUUCAUACAUUAGUUAGAUAAGUAUAAUAUCUUUAUGCAAAUAAUAUAUUAUAAAAUUAUGACAAAGUUUGAAAUAUAAUAUAAUAAUUGAUAAAUAUAUAUAUAGUCAUUUUUAAAGCAUUCCUUGGGAAUAUUGAUUCUCAUCGAUGGUUGAACUUGAAUCUGUUUGAGUAUUUUCUUGUCUUCUGUUGUGAAGUCUGGGUGUUAGCCAAGCACAAGUACAAACAUCUUUCUUAUCAACUGAAAGUGUUAAAUGUGAAUGCAAGUUAUGCACUAAAGUGGUAAACAUCAAGAUAUGGUUCUUUAUGAUCAUUGUCCAUGAGACAUGUAUGCAAAGUAUAUUUUGCUAGAGUGAUAUCAUGAAUUCAUGUUGGAUGCACAGUUUUCUUUUGUUGGCUUUAGUGUAUUUAUAAUACAAUUAGUUGUACUUGUCUGAGGUGCAUCUAAUAAUACGUCUGUUGGAGUUAUUCUACUGAUUUCCAUUUCGAGACCAUCACAUAGGUACGGGAAAGUUGCAUGUGUGCCAGAAGGCAGUAGAUCAAUGCUUAUGAAUCCAGGUGAGAGUUUCACUAUACAAUACAUUUUGUAGGUAAAGAACAUGGUUUUUUGGUAUUAAUUGGAUCCAUUUGAUUUGUUGAUUGCUUCAAACUUUGUGUGCGUGACCUUUGUUGACAGGUACGAUAAUAUUAAAUCCACUGCUCACAAUGUGUUUUUACUCAGUAGCAAAGGGUGACUAUAACUAUGUAUUCCAAGAACACAGCAACACCAUGAUACAUCUUUCAGAAAAAGUUUUAAAGAUUUGUGUACUUUGCUGCAAGAUGACAGAUUAGCUGAAACAAAAUGGCUUAGAGAACUCACAACUGUUAGCAGCAGGGGAAGAAGUGUUAAGUGGAUUGGACUUAAGAUGCACAGUUCUCAAUCUUUUGUUAGGGUAAACAAGAUUUAUACCCAAAGAAAGAUUUCUAGCUGUACUCUUAGAGAGGAUGGGAAGCACACACCCAAAGGAUAAGAAGCUUUUGAAUGGAAAUAAGAAUGUCAUCCAAAGCGAUCUCUAGAUCAACCUUUAUUGUACUGCCCGAGUCAAUAUGGUAUGGGUGAUACGCAUUGGUCUAACUGGCAAUUAAGAUGUGGAUCGUUCGAGUCCUUGUCGGCAUGCUCUAACAUAUUGUGUCGGUAUAUCGGUAUAUAUUGGUAUGUAUCGAUUCGAUAAAUCUUGGAGAUGGGUCUAGCCCAUGAAAUGAUGAACCUUGAUUGAGAUUUUAUGAUUUUGUUAUUGUUGUCAAAUAAUAUCUUUGUUCGUUGUCCACCUACUUAGUUUUGAAUUCAUGAUUCAAUCCAUCAAAUUGACCUGGCUCAACCAUCUUGACUUAACCUCGGGCCAAGCUAUCGGAUCAGGUCCGAAUCAGCAGCCCAAUCUAUUUGUAGGCCUUACAGCAUUGAUUCUUCGUCCAUCUCCUUAGAUCCAAUAUGCUGAAAGGCACAUGCAAGAGCAUCAAGAACAACUAUACAUGCGAAUGCUGCACCCAACUAAGAUGGAUUGGGCAAUCAAGUGUUAUUGGAAUGCGCAUUCAGUGGGAGGGCAGAAGAAGAAGCUGACUUUUCCUCAAGCUGGACCAGAAUCUAACUGGGAAAGACAUGGCCAUACAACAAAGACAUGUAGUAGUACUGUGGCAUCUGCUUGUCCCAAAAGCCAUUCUUUCCAAUGCCAAAGUGCGACAACAAAGUCAAAAAAGGUGAUUUUGAAUGCUCUGGAGCUUUAGGCGCAUCUGAUACGAACGCACUCAAUCAAGAAUUACUGUCAUAUGUCAUCAUCCAGGAGAGAGAGAGAGAGAGAAUUAUAUGGUGCUAAUUUAACCGAACCGUUGGUAUGGGAUAUCAUUGGCACUACAGACACACGUCAAUGCUACGAUACGUGGAGCACUACAGACAUCUUGUUAAACACCACAAACUUAGUCUGAAGCUAAACCACAGAGAUCAUCAUGUGUGUGUCUCACAAAGAGAGAGAGAGAGAGAGUAAUUUGGGGCACGUAAUUCUCCGCAAAAGCAGCGCUGGUGACUUCUAUAAUUUGGUUGCUUAGACCGAAUCCAUACAUGCCGAGCCUCUAGAUAAAGACCAGGAAAACAAGAAACACAACAAAAGCAGUGUGUCAAAGGAGAGAAGCAUUGAAAGCAGCCGUGAUCUACGUUCUCCUUCAAGGGUGUGUGCAGAAGAUAGAUCGGAGGACCGAAGAGAAGGUGGUGGACACGCAGCUUGUUCAGGUCUGAUGGCCAGAGACAAUAAUGGGUCUCCCAAGAUCCAUCAGCUGGAUUCGAACAGAUGGAGCGUCACCUACGUCUUGGUCGUCGUUGGUCUCUGCAUCACGUUCUACAUCCUCGGAGCUUGGCAGAACACCACUCCGCCCACCCUCGACCCCACCUCCAACCUGGCCACCAAUGCCGGAUGCGACUGUCCCUGUCUGCGCCCCGGUGGCUCGUCAUCCACCAAUGCGGUUCUCGAUUUCGACGCUCACCACGAGUCGAACCUCAACGUGACGCCGGCGACGAACGACAAGUUUCCGCCUUGUGACCUAAACUUCAGCGAGUACACGCCUUGCCACGAUCGAACCAGGGGAAGGAGGUUCGAGAGGGCGAUGCUGGUGUACCGGGAGCGGCACUGCCCCGGCAACGACGAGCUCAUCCGGUGUCUCAUCCCUGCUCCGCCCAAGUACAAGACGCCAUUCAAGUGGCCGCAGAGCAGAGACUACGCCUGGUACGACAACAUCCCGCACAAGGAGCUCAGCAUCGAGAAGGCUGUGCAGAACUGGAUCCAGGUGGACGGCGACCGGUUCAGGUUCCCCGGCGGCGGCACCAUGUUCCCACGCGGUGCCGACGCUUACAUCGACGACAUAAAUGCGCUCAUCUCCCUGACCGACGGCAGCAUCAGGACCGCCAUCGACACGGGUUGCGGAGUCGCCAGUUGGGGUGCAUAUCUUUUGAGGAGGGACAUCGUGACGAUGUCGUUCGCCCCGAGAGACACACAUGAAGCGCAGGUGCAGUUCGCUCUGGAGCGCGGAGUUCCGGCCAUGAUCGGAGUUAUGGCCACGCAGAGGCUGCCGUAUCCCGCUCGAGCUUUCGACAUGGCUCACUGUUCCCGGUGUCUGAUUCCUUGGCACGCUUUCGAUGGUCUGUAUCUGAUCGAGGUGGAUCGAGUUCUAAGACCAGGAGGGUUCUGGAUUCUGUCCGGUCCUCCAAUCCACUGGAAGAAGUACUAUCAAGGCUGGGAAAGAACUCAAGAAGACCUCAAGAACGAGCAGGACUCGAUCGAGGAAGUCGCGAAGCGGCUGUGCUGGAAGAAAUAUAUCGAGAAGGAGGAUCUCGCGAUCUGGCAGAAGCCAUUCAACCACAUGGAAUGCAUCGAAAGCCGAAAGAUCUACGAGACGACGCCCCAGAUUUGCAAGAAGGACAACGCCGAUGCUGGCUGGUACAAGAAGAUGGAGGCCUGCAUAACCCCAUUGCCGGAGGUGAGCAGCCCAGAUGAAGUCGCAGGCGAGGUGCUCGAGAAAUGGCCCGAGAGGGCAUUCGCCGUCCCGCCGAGAAUAAGCAGGGGCACAAUCCCCGGGCUGGACUCCAGGAAAUUCGAAGAAGACAACGCGAUGUGGAAGGAGCGGGUGACACACUACAAGAAGAUCAUCCUGCCGUUGCCCAAAGGGCGGUACCGGAAUGUGAUGGACAUGAACGCCAACUUGGGUGGAUUCGCGGCGGCUCUGGUGAAGUAUCCCGUGUGGGUGAUGAACGUGGUGCCUGCAAGCUCCAACCAAGACACCCUCGGCGUCAUCUACGAGCGGGGAUUCAUCGGAACGUAUCAGGACUGGUGUGAGGCCUUCUCCACUUAUCCUCGGACGUACGACCUCAUCCACGCCGACGGUGUCUUCAGCAUCUAUCAGGACAGGUGUGACAUUACCUACAUCCUCCUGGAGAUGGACAGGAUACUGAGGCCGGAGGGGACGGUGAUCGUUCGCGACACGGUGGAGGUGCUCACCAAGGUGCAGGCGAUCACAGAUGGGAUGAGAUGGAACAACCAGAUCAUCGACCAUGAAAGCGGACCUUUCAACCCGGAGAAGAUACUGGUGGCGGUCAAGACUUACUGGACUGCUGACCCCUCCACGCAGCAGUAGCUGCCGAGAGAUCUUUCCUUUGUCGCUCUGUUUUUUUUUUGUAUGCUCUAAUUUGUAUUUUAGGUUGUGCGCUCUUUGGACUGCAUCUCAAUUUUGCUCACCGGAGACUCUUUGAGAUGGUCGGUGUUAGGUAGAGAAGAAGUGCAGGGUUAUGCAAGUCACAAUCAGAAUGGUUGUGUAAACUAUAUUCCUACUGAAUGUUGGAGUUGCCAUUAUAGAACAACCAGUGUGGGUGUGGAUUCUGCUUUAAUUAUAAGAUUUGAUAUAUUUUUUUA